CGAGGACGCAAUGAGAGAAGAAGCUAGCUAGUAUAGCUGUAUAUUUGGAAUAGUGGGCUGCUCUCGUCAGCUGGCCUGUCAUUAAGCUUGUCCAAAACUUGCUCGUCUCAGCAAGAAUCAGAGAGCGUUUAUAGGCUGAAAAAGGAUAUCUGUCUGUGAAGUGACUGGGGCUAAGACGAGAAGCUAACACCAAACUUGACUCAGGAAUGACUGACAGCGUUGCAGUGUCUCCACGUCUGAGAUCACGGUGCUGAACCGGGGGAGCUGCCGGCGGAAUGAUCCAGCAGGGUGGCACCAGCCGUCCGCGUGAAUAAGAGGAGGAGGACAAAGGAGAAGAUGGGUGUGAAUGCCUCCAGCUACCCUCACUCCUGCUCCCCUCGCUUUGGGGGUAGCUCUCAGACCCAACAGACUUUCAUAGGGACGUCGUAUACACCACAGGGCUACGGAGGUGAGUCAAAGCUCUAUAGUCUUGAGCAUGGGCCAGAGAAGCCACAGGACAAAAAGAAGAAGAGUUCGGGACUAGCCACACUCAAGCGACGCUUCAUCAAGCGACGCAAGUCCAGUCGUUCCGCCGACCACGCCCGGCAGAUGCGAGAGCUCCUUUCUGGCUGGGACGUGCGUGAUGCCAAUGCUUUGGUGGAGGAGUACGAGGGCACGGCUGCCCUCAAGGAGCUCAGUCUGCAGGCCGGCCUGGCUCGCCCCGAGGCCCGGACCCUUCAGCGUGACCUGGCUGCCCUGUACCAACACAAGUACUGCACUGAUGUGGACCUUAUCUUCCAGGAUGCCUGUUUCCCCGCCCAUCGUGCCAUCCUGGCAGCUCGAUGCCCCUUCUUCAAGACGCUGCUCUCAUCCUCGCCCGGCUACGGUGCCGAGGUGCUUCUGGACGUGGGCACAGUGGGCAUGGACGCGCCAAUGUUCUCCGCCCUGCUGCACUACCUGUACUCGGGUGAGCUGGGUGCAGAGGACGUGCGACUGCAGAACCUGGAUGUGCUCGUGCGUCUGAGCGAGGAGUUUGGGACGCCCAAUUCGCUGGAGGCCGACAUGCGAAGCCUCUGUGAGCACAUGUGCUACUAUGACUCUCUGCUCAGCUUCUCUUCUGACUCAGAGCUGGUGGAAGGUUUUGGGGUUGGGGGUGGAGGGACUCCUGGAGGCGGUAGCGCAGGUUCUGGAGUCCCUGGUGUUGUCGAAGAAGAACUGAGAGCCCACAAAGCCGUGUUGUCUGCACGCUCCCCUUUCUUCCGGAACCUCCUACAGCGUCGCAUCCGCACCGGAGAGGAGAUCACUGAGCGCACGCUGCAGACACCCACACGCAUCAUCUUGGACGAGUCCAUCAUCCCCAAGAAGUAUGCCCGCGUCAUCCUCCACUGCAUGUACACGGACGCGGUGGACCUUUCUCUGGUCCUGCGUGGGAGCCCCUCAGUGGGCAGCCUAGGAGAAGUGCAGGCCCUGGUGGCUGGGAGAGGAAGCAUGAGCCGAGCGGAGGAAGCCAUGGAGCUGUACCACAUCGCUCUGUUCUUGGAGUUCAGCAUGUUGGCUCAAGGCUGUGAGGACAUUAUAGCGGAGAGUAUAUCUCUGGACUCAGUGGUACCCAUCCUGAAGUGGAGUUCCCAGCCAUAUGGCUCCAAGUGGGUACACAGACAGGCCAUGCACUUCCUGUGUGAGGAGUUCAGCCAGGUCAUGACCUCUGAUGUUCUGUAUGAGCUGAGCAAGGAGCACCUGCUGAACGCCAUCCAGUCCGAUUACCUGCAGGCCAGCGAACAGGACAUCCUCAAGUACGUUGUCAAGUGGGGAGAACACCAGCUCAUUAAGAGGAUGGCUGACCGAGAGCCUAACCUGUUGAGUGGCACAGCUCACAGUGUGAAUAAGCGCGGUGUGAAGAGGAGAGAUCUGGACCUUGAGGAGCUGAAAGAGAUCCUGUCUCCACUGCUGCCUUACGUCCGUACUGAGCACAUACUACCACCCAACAGCGAAGUUUUGGCUGAUACUAUGAAAAGGGGUCUUAUCAGCACCCCUCCGUCAGACAUGCUCCCCACGGCAGAGGGGGGCAAAGCCAACGCGUGGCUCCGUCAGAAGAGUGCUGGUAUCUACGUUCGCCCCCGCCUCUUCUCGCCGUAUGUAGAGGAGGCCAAGGCGGUGCUGGAUGAGAUGAUGGUGGAGCAGACUGAUCUGGUUAGACUACGCAUGGUGCGAAUGUCCAACGUACCCGAUACCCUUUACAUGGUUAACAAUGCUGUCCCCCAGUGCUGUCACAUGAUCAACCACCAGCAAAUGGCAGGCAGUCAGACGGCCCCACCAUCUGUGGUAGCCAACGAGAUACCGGUUCCCAGACUGUCUGUGGUGAAAGAGAUGAUCAGGCGGUUGCAGGAGUUGCGACAUACAGACCAGGUGCAGCGAGCGUACGCGCUAAACUGUGGUGAGGGCGCCACUGUGAGCUAUGAGCUGCAGAUCCGCGUGCUUCGUGAGUUCGGCCUGCCAGAUGGUGCGGCCGAACUGCUUCAGAACCCACACAAGUUCUUUCCUGAGGAACGGUUUGGAGACGAGAGUCCGGUUCUGGCCCUGCGUCAGUCGGGCCGUUGCCGGGUCAACAGCACACCAGCAGUCGAGAGCAUGUUCACUGACCUGGAAACCCUGGUGGGGUUCCACCCUCCUCUGCCCCCACCACCUCCACCCUACCAUCCCCCAACUACGCCAGGCCACGCCCAGAUGAAGGCAGCCUGGAGACCACGUGCCCCUAGCCAGCCCCCCUCUCGCUCCUUCUCCUACCCCUGUAACCACACCCUGCUCCAUCGCCAGCCCUCCUCUAAAAUGGGCAGCCCAGCCUACCCACCUGGGGCAAAAGCCUUGCCCCCUGACUGCACCAAUCCACAGGGGGCACGAAGCCUGCAUCCAGACAAACAAGGGAACAUGGAACCAGUCAUUAACGAGUUUAUGCCCGAUAUCGCGAUGGGUGUGUCUGCCAUGAGCCUGAAGGAACACCGCCUGCCAGAAGUCACCAUGGAGGUCGAGGGUCAUGACCCACACACUCACACUUCCACAGCUCCACCCGUGUCUCACUGCUUCGCAGGCCGCCACCCACACUCUUCCCGAAAGAGGCACGCCGCUGAGACCAAGACGGAGGGUCAGCCUGACUUCCCAGACCUGUACGAGUUCUCUGGACGCCAUGCGCCUCCCUACAUGGGUCCGGAUCUCUACAGCCACAGUCGUCCCACGGCGGGCCCACCAGCGUACCCACCAGAUAUGCAGGGUCCCUCUCGCGGACCCCCCACGGAGGAAGCCCUACGCCUCGACGUGCUGGAGCAACCACCCCAGAGGCUGGAUCUGGCCCUGGGGGCACAAGCUGGACCCCUGCACGGGCCGUGGGCUCGCCCCAAAAAUGAAACGGACCUCACAUAUGGGCUUGGCCCCACCGACACGUAUGAAGAGUGGACCCCUGGCCGCCGGCCGGCCGGGGAGGGGUCGACGGGACCUGGAGAGGAGGGGGCAGGAGGUCGCGACCGACGCUCCCCCAAUAAACCAGAGUACCCUUAUAGGAAAUCUGCACUCUGACCUCACAGAGAGACUGAAGACAAAGGAUAAACGCAGACUGUAAGCUAACAGGUGAAGCCUUGGUGGGUGGGGCCUCUCUCUGCAUUUGUUGG